UUCAAUUAACGAGAUUAUUGGUUCGGCUUCGGUUGCUCAGCCCCCUUAAUUCACUGACUUCCAGCUUCAUAGAGAUGUAAUUCACCAUUUACUACAUCGACAAAUAAUUUUCUCCGGAUACUUAUAUGUAAGGACUAAGGAGUUCUUAUGAAAGGAACAGAGUGAAAAAAUUCCUUCUGGUAAAAUGGACCUUCUCGCUGUGGAGUGACCGAGGGGACCAAAAUGCCGCAACUGUUCGUUAUCCUUAGAAUCACCGGAGUUGAGAAGCUGGUAGAGCAGCCAUUCCCGCCGGUAGCGUUGUUGCACAUUUAAGAGUUAUGCUUAGGCCAACUGGAGGGACAACAAUAGCCCUAAGAAUUUUAUAUUAUUACAAAUUUAUCCAUUAUAUGUGCUCUACUUUCCUCGGAAUUACGACAAACUUAAACAAAAGAGCUUGGAGGCCGGAGCGAUAAGCUGAUGCAGAGUGAAGGAGGCCCCACAUUUCUGCUGGGAACUUGAUUUCUUUCUCCCAUUGAAGAAGCUUAGACCUUUCUGAGGUACCAUUUCGUGCUAAUGAAUCGAUUCUUUCGGGUUAGGGAGAUUCCUGGAUAAGAGUUCUGUUGUUGUUAUAUAUGCGAGUACCAUCUGUUUGAGAGAGGAUCACACUCACUACAUUGAAUAUGACUCUACUCAAAAAUCAAAACACGUAGAAGAGUGACAUCAAUUCAUCAAUCACAUUGUUUUUCUUCAUCAGUGAAGGUCUUAUCUGGGUUUUAUUAACUAAAGAGGCUCCAAGUAAGAGAAAUCCUUCAUUUUAUUCAAGAUAAGCUUUGGAUUGCUGAACAAUAUCUAGAAUGAUUAAGUCUCUGACAAUUCCUUGCAAGGCAUCAAGUUUUUAUUUUAAAAAGGUUGAAGGGCCCCACGCUUUAAGAAGCAGAAAAGUAAGGAUGGAGCUGACAAUAACACAGCCUGAUGACUGGCACCUUCAUCUCCGUGAUGGUGUUCUUCUUGAAGCGGUUGCUCCUAACAGUGCACGUCAUUUCAAAAGAGCAAUUGUGAUGCCAAAUCUUAAACCUCCCAUCACCACUACAGCUGCUGCUGUGGCUUAUCAAGAAUCCAUACUGAAGGCAUUGCCAGCUGAUAGUGAUUUCACUCCCCUUAUGACACUUUAUUUAACAGAUACGACCAGUCCCAAUGAGAUAAAGCUUGCCAGAAAGAGUGGGAUAGUUUUUGCUGUGAAGUUGUACCCUGCUGGUGCUACUACAAAUUCUCAAGAUGGUGUUACUGAUCUUUUUGGGAAGUGUCUACCUGUUCUUGAGGAGAUGGUUCAGCAUAAUAUGCCUUUGCUGGUUCAUGGGGAAGUAACAGAUCCAGAAGUUGAUGUAUUUGAUCGUGAAAAGGUUUUCAUCAAUACCAUUUUAAGACCACUAGUUGAAAAGCUUCCACAGCUAAAAGUUGUAAUGGAACAUAUCACUACUCUAGAUGCUGUGAGGUUUGUUGAGUCUUGUACUGAAGGAUAUAUUGCUGCCACUGUAACACCACAGCAUCUCCUUCUCAAUAGGAAUGCUUUGUUUCAAGGAGGACUACAGCCACAUAAUUACUGCCUUCCAGUCUUGAAGAGAGAGAUCCACAGACAGGCAAUUGUAUCAGCAGUAACAAGUGGAAGCAAACGAUUUUUUCUUGGAACUGAUAGUGCUCCUCAUGAGCGACAACGAAAAGAAUGCCCUUGUGGAUGUGCAGGGAUAUACAAUGCCCCUGUAGCCCUCUCACUUUACACUAAAGUAUUUGAAGAGGCUAACGCGCUUGACAAACUAGAGGCUUUUACGAGCUUUAAUGGCCCAGAUUUCUACGGUCUUCCAAGGAACAAAUCAAAAAUCAAGUUGAUCAAGACCCCGUGGAAGGUGCCUGAAUCUUAUGCAUUUGCAUCUGGAGAGAUUAUUCCCAUGUUUGCAGGACAAACUCUUGAAUGGUUGCCAUCUAUUGUUGCUUGAUCCAUCUCAUAUUAUUAAAAAUCCUCUUCACUUCUUUGUUCAUCAUUCAUUCAUUCUAAGGAGGUUCUCAAAUAAACUAACCUCCUGAAGCAAACCAACAUAGCUAUCUCUUUAAGUUAUACAACUAUAAUUUAUUUGUGUAAUUGCCUAUACUGUGAUGUUUAAUUAUGGAAAUACAUGUAGGUUUGUUGCUUAA